AUGGAUAAAUCGUUCUUAGACGUGGGUGGUGCGUAUGUAAACGAAUCACCAAUUCGGCAAAUGUUUGUACAUUCUUUCCUGCCAUUUUCCACAAGUGCGCUGGAUAAUGGGGACGAAAUCCGUAUCGCAAUUCAAAAUCGGGACGCACAUACGCUGCCGAGCGAAAGUUAUAUCUAUAUCGAGGGUAAAAUAACGCAGCCCGAAGAAAUGAAGACAGUAAUAAGCUUAGCCCAUAACGGGUUAACGAAUUUAUUCAACGAGAUGAAAUACGAGAUAAACUCCAUCGAAGUACAACGGGUUAAAAAACCUGGUAUAACUAGUGCGAUGAAGGGCUAUUGUUCGUAUUCGCCUGCCGACGCGAAUAUCAUGCAAAACGCUGCUUGGGACAUCACUAGCAAAAAUACUAAUUUCAUUAAAGACGGUUCGUUCAGCGGAUGUAUACCGUUAAAGCAUGUUUUCGGUUUUUGCGAGGACUACAAGCGAAUACUGGUGAAUUGUAGUCAACAGCUGAUUUUGAAUAGAUCGAUGUCAGAUUUGAGUUCAUUGCAUUUCACUGCCGUUGCGGGGGAGGAAAUUUCGAGCGAGCUGGUUAAGGCUAUGGUUAAAAAAGUCAAAGUACAGCUGACGCGGGUGUCGUGGAAAAUACCUGUUAUUAAAGUCGACGAUCGAGAGAGGUUGAAACUGUUGAAAAUCAUUGAUAGCAAAAAAAUGUUAAAUUGUGCAUUUAGAAAUUGGGAGUUGUGUGAGUAUCCCAACUUACCGCAGACGAGCAAACACUCUUGGAUGGUGAAAACAUGCUCACAGGUAGAAAGACCUAGGUGCUUAAUAAUCGCUUUUCUCACGAAUGCACCUGGUACCGUGGCAGACGGUUAUAACGUUGAUUACGACGCGUGCUCGCUGACAAACGUUAAAGCAUAUAUUAACUCAGUCGAAUACCCGUAUGAAGAUUUCAACGAAAGUUUCGAUAAAAAUCUGUUCACCAUGUUCUACCAGAAUUACGUCGAUUUCCAGAAACAUUAUUAUGAGCGAUUUAACGCUCAACCGUGUCUUACGAGAGAACAGUAUAAAGAGUUGGGCCCAUUUAUCUGCAUAGAUUGUUCGCGUCAAAAUGAUGACGCCAAGACUUCAAGUAUCGAUUUACGUAUUGAGAUAGAGGCAGCUAAUAAUUUCCCAGCCAAUACUGCCGCCUACUGUCUAGUCAUACACGAUCGCAUUGUUCAAUAUAAUCCAUUUACGGGCGAAGUGAGAAAAAUAUAA